GUAUAUAUAGAUGGUGAAGGAACGGAGUACGUCGAUCCUCCUGGAAGCAAGAGGCAGGAGCAACGAAAAAGUCAAGCCCUAGCCUUCGUCUUCUCAAAAGAGAUGAUGCACUUUGGGUUAUCUUCAUACCAAAAUGCAGAUACUGAGCUGCUUUUGCAAUUCACAUGGACUGCAAGAAGUUUAUCCAGUUGGUGGAGGAGAAGAAAAAGAGGAUUCUGGAGAAGAAAGAAGCUCCUUUGAAAUGGGAACAGAAGCUAGAGGCUGCAGCAAAGGCGGAAGCUGAUGCUGCUCAAGCAAAAGAAAAGAAGGCAAAGCCUGCAAGACGGAAGCGAAAGUCUUAUUCUGAAUUCAGCUUAGUAGACAGCGACGUUAGUAGUGACAGGAGAAGAAAGACGAAAAAAUCUCACCGGAAACAUGCCCACUCAGAUUCAGAUGACAGUGAUCGGAAGAAGGAGAAGAUUUCCAGGAGAGACAAGAGAAGGACCCCAAGUCUGAGUGAUGACGGCAGCAAUGAGGAUGAAAGUGGAUCAGAGAAAGAGCGUAGAAGGAAGGAGGAGGGGCGUCACAGAAGGGCUAGUCGGCAUUGGUUUAGGUCAGAUUCCAGUAGUGAUGGUGAUGAGGAGGAAGUGAAAAAGCGUCACAGAUACAGGCGACAUUCAGUCUCGGGUGAUGUAGACAUGCCAGGGAGCAAGCAUAAUGGGAGAAGUAAAAACAGAAGGCAUCACCAUGAAAGGCCCGGCAGGGGAGAAAACAGUGCAUCAGCGUCGUCAAGUGAAGAAGAUGACAGGCAGGUCGGGAGAAGACAUCAUAAUUAUAGCGUCGACUCAGUGUCUGAUUCUGAUAAGAAAAGACAUCAUAAUCACUGACUGCAAUGGAUCAUUUGGCACAGACUCAGCAUCUGAAGGAAGAAAAUGAACAUUCAAAUGGGCAAAUCAAGAUAGAUGAUGGAGUGGAGAAUCAGACUGUGGAAAUUGAAAUUGAACAGGGAAUUCAUGAAUGAGAGCGACUAGGUGGAACAAUCCUGUCUUUAAGCAGUUACGUUCCUCAAAUUGAUGAUUUUCUGUUGCAAAUUCGUAGGUGAGGAUUCUUUAUUUGAGCUGAGGUGUGAAUGUUGUGACAUUCUUGCUCUGAGUUUCAUUUUACCGCU